GUGGGACCACAGGGAUCUGCGCCACGGUGAGACACGGCACGGUCACGGUAGCAGCAGAGGAGAGGGACUGGAGCGGGUUAAUGCGGUCCUUUAACACAGGACACUGCCGCACACACUUUCCCAGCAUUUCCGGAGAUAAGGGGGCGCUCAGGGUUAUCUGCAGUCACACAGGGAAGAGGAAUUUGGCCCAAUUCAACAUCUUUUUAUUCGCUAUUGAAUUGAAUUGAAUCGUUGAAUCCGAACAGUGACCGGAGGGACGCGGUCAGUAGCUGCUGAUAGCCACAGCUCAGUGUCUGUCGGUUCUUCUCAAAGUACACACAGUGUUUUAAGGUACGUCUCCACACCACAGUGUGUUUGUGUGAGAAAAGCAGUGCGGGAAUUCAGGAGCCGUGUGUCCGCCAUGGAGAACGCACACACGAAGAGUGUGGAAGAAGUUUACAGUCAUUUCUGCGUCAAUGAAAGCACAGGACUUUCCCUGGACGAAGUCAAGCGGCAGAAGGAGAAAUGGGGCCUAAACGAGUUACCUGCUGAAGAAGGGAAAUCUUUAUGGGAGCUUGUCGCUGAACAGUUUGAAGAUUUACUUGUUCGAAUACUUCUGCUUGCUGCGUGUAUAUCUUUUGUCCUGGCCUGGUUUGAGGAGGGUGAAGAAACAAUCACAGCAUUUGUGGAGCCUUUUGUAAUCUUACUCAUUCUUAUAGCCAAUGCCAUCGUCGGUGUGUGGCAGGAACGCAAUGCUGAGGAUGCCAUUGAGGCACUUAAGGAGUAUGAACCUGAGAUGGGGAAAGUUUACCGGCAGGACAGAAAAACUGUGCAGAGGAUCAAGGCCAGAGACAUUGUGCCUGGUGACAUCGUAGAGAUUGCUGUUGGAGACAAAGUACCUGCUGACAUCCGUAUCUGUUCAAUCAAGUCAACGACCCUGAGGGUUGACCAGUCCAUUCUGACCGGUGAAUCUGUCUCCGUCAUCAAACACACUGACCCUGUGCCUGACCCUCGAGCUGUCAAUCAGGACAAGAAGAACAUGCUGUUCUCUGGCACUAACAUAGCAGCUGGAAAGGCCGUGGGUGUGGCCGUUGCCACUGGUGUCAACACGGAGAUCGGCAAGAUCCGUGAUGAGAUGGCGGCCACCGAGCAGGACAAGACGCCCCUGCAGCAGAAGUUGGAUGAGUUUGGCGAGCAGCUGUCCAAGGUCAUUUCCCUCAUCUGCAUUGCUGUGUGGGUCAUCAACAUCGGACACUUCAACGACCCCGUCCAUGGAGGCUCCUGGAUCCGUGGCGCCGUCUACUACUUCAAGAUCGCCGUGGCGCUGGCUGUGGCUGCCAUCCCUGAGGGUCUCCCUGCCGUCAUCACCACCUGCCUGGCCCUGGGCACUCGUCGUAUGGCCAAGAAGAAUGCCAUCGUCCGUAGCCUGCCAUCUGUCGAGACCCUAGGCUGCACCUCUGUCAUCUGCUCUGACAAGACAGGAACCCUGACCACCAAUCAGAUGUCUGUCUCCAGAAUGUUUGUAAUGAACAAAGCUGAAGGAGAGAACUGCUCUCUGUCAGAGUUCACUGUCACAGGAUCCACAUAUGCACCUGAAGGGGAAGUGUACCACGAUGGUAAACAAGUCAAGUCGUCGGAGUACGACGCCCUGGUUGAACUGGCCACCAUCUGUGCCCUGUGUAACGACUCCUCCCUGGACUUCAAUGAGGUGAAAGGUGUGUAUGAGAAAGUCGGAGAGGCCACAGAAACGGCGCUGACCUGUUUAGUGGAGAAGAUGAACGUCUUCAACACCGAAGUCCACAGUCUGUCCAAAAUUGACAGAGCGAACGCCUGCAACUCGGUGAUCAAGCAGCUGAUGAGGAAGGAGUUCACCCUGGAGUUCUCCAGAGACAGGAAGUCCAUGUCCGUUUACUGCACCCCCAACAAGUCUCGUUCUUCCAUGGGAAAGAUGUUUGUGAAGGGGGCCCCAGAGGGAGUGAUCGAGCGAUGCACUCACGUCAGAGUAGGAAACAGCAAAGUUCCCCUCACCAAAGGUAUCAAAGAAAAGAUCAUGUCCGUGAUCCGUGAUUAUGGGACAGGUCGUGACACCCUAAGGUGCCUGGCCUUGGCCACACGAGACACCCCCCCUAAAAUGGAGGACAUGGUUCUGUCUGAGACAGCCAAGUUCUCAGAGUACGAGACCGACUUGACCUUCGUUGGUUGUGUUGGCAUGUUGGACCCUCCCAGACAGGAGGUGGCUGCCUCCAUCACGCUGUGCCGCCAGGCCGGCAUCCGUGUCAUCAUGAUCACAGGGGACAACAAGGGCACAGCUGUGGCCAUCUGCCGCCGCAUAGGCAUCCUCUCAGAGGACGAUGACAUCGAGCACAUGGCCUAUACAGGAAGAGAGUUUGAUGAACUCUCACCAAGCGCCCAGCGGGACGCUGUGACUCAUGCCCGCUGUUUCGCCCGCGUUGAGCCCUCACACAAGUCCAAGAUCGUUGAGUUCUUACAAGGAUUUGAUGAGAUCACUGCUAUGACAGGUGACGGAGUGAAUGAUGCCCCCGCUUUGAAGAAGGCAGAGAUCGGCAUCGCCAUGGGCUCUGGCACUGCAGUAGCCAAGUCAGCCUCUGAGAUGGUCCUCGCCGACGACAACUUCUCCUCUAUUGUGGCUGCCGUUGAAGAAGGCAGGGCUAUUUAUAACAACAUGAAGCAGUUCAUCAGAUACCUUAUCUCCUCCAACGUGGGAGAGGUGGUUUGCAUCUUUCUCACUGCUGCACUGGGUUUCCCUGAGGCUCUGAUCCCAGUCCAGCUGCUCUGGGUCAACCUGGUGACUGACGGCCUCCCUGCCACCGCUCUCGGCUUCAACCCCCCUGAUCUGGACAUCAUGGAGAAGCCUCCACGAAAUGCCAAGGAGCCCCUCAUCUCCGGUUGGCUCUUCUUCAGAUACUUAGCCAUUGGAGGCUAUGUGGGUGCAGCCACUGUGGGAGCUGCUGCCUGGUGGUUUAUGCUGUCAGACGAAGGUCCCCAAAUCACUCUGUACCAGCUGAGCCACUUCCUCCAGUGCAGCCCUGACAACCCAGAGUUUGAAGGCCUGGACUGUGAAUUGUUUGAGUCACCGUACCCCAUGACCAUGGCCCUGUCUGUGCUCGUCACCAUUGAGAUGUGCAAUGCUCUGAACAGUCUCUCAGAGAACCAGUCCCUGUUGCGGAUGCCUCCCUGGGAGAACGUCUGGCUGCUGGGAGCCAUCUGCCUCUCCAUGUCCCUCCACUUCCUCAUCCUCUAUGUGGAACCUUUGCCUGUCAUCUUCCAGAUCACCCCUCUGGACGUGACCCAGUGGCUGAUGGUGCUGAAGAUCUCCUUGCCCGUCAUCCUGCUGGACGAGGUGCUGAAGUGCAUGGCCAGGAACCACUUGGACUUUGGUAAAAAGCAGGAUAAGUCGAUGAUGAAAGGCUGCUCUCUGCCUGCAUGUGCCACAGGCAUCUCCUGGCCCUUCGUGGCCGUGUCGCUGCCUCUGGUGCUGUGGAUCUACACCACUGACACUAACGUGUCUGCCAUGCUGUGGCCCUGACUGACUCCAGUUCACCCUCCCCCCCCCACUCCCGUGCACCAGUGUGAAGUGGACAUUAACACACAGCUAACACAGUUACAUUAACUCCGAACAAUGUAGAGUCGACACUUGCACCCGCUCUGACAGCCUGUGCUGGAAGAUCUUUUGUAUUUUAUGACAUUUUCACUGAUAUUUUUUGGGGGGUGUUGGGCUUUUAAGUUGUAAUUUAAUGACUUUAACUGAUGUUGUGUCCAUGGGUUUUAUUAUAUUUUGACCAUCCUGCUUUUGGAGCGUGUAGAGAAGCCACUAUGUUGGAGCUGUGUGUCGAGCUUUACAGAGAAUUUACUCUAUUUUAUAAUAAUGAAUAUUUUGUAAUUUUGGGGAGGGACUGUCGGGAUCAGACUGAGGACGUGACUGCGUGGAACCGGAUUGUAUAACCAUUCUAAUUCAGGGGGUGAAGACUUGAGAAUCUCUGUUGUCAUUUUUGAGCUCCAUGAAUCCUGGUCAUUCAUUAUUUUCUGCGUUAGGCAGAGCACAGCUACCUCAGUGCUAAUAAUAUAACCAUUACUUACCCAUGAGUCUUUACAUUUUACAGCUGGUCAUGUGUAGUGAGGUAAGCACCAGUUAGCCCUGACACAGAUUUUAAUGUUUAAUAUACGUUUUCUUUUCCCUGUUAUUGGAGGGAAGAGCAGACCGAGAUGUUACCUGUGUGAUAUUGACCUCCUUUUUUGUUUUAUACAGUCUGUCAUUAAAGGUCCAGUGUGUAACCUGUUUCCAUAGCCUCUGCCUUGCUUUACAGAGGUGGCCAUUUGCACCACCAUGUUUCUACAGCAGCCCCGAGCAGCCGCAGCGUAUACUUUGCAUUUUUGCAUAAGCACAACAUCCUUCCUGAUGUGUGAAGGCCACCGUAGUUCACUGACAUGCUUGGAAAGGGAAUUUGUUACAAUGUGCAGUCUCACCAGUAGAUGUCACUAUUGCUUACACACUGGACCUUUAAGUUUGUUUACUUGAAGAAAAAAAAUUUGUCUUAAUUUCCUUUUUUUUUUUUUUAAGUUUUCAUUUUUAUCUUAAUUACAGCAAACUUUAUAAAUGUAAAAAUGUGCACAUACUGUACUUAAUAUUUAAAAUGGCACCAAGAAGCUGAGCACAACCUGGAGCUGAGAGUCUGAUCUGUAAAUGGCACACAAGCAACGACCUUUUGUAUCUUUAUUUGUUGUUAAACUGCUUCAUACACUCACUCACACUCGCUCUGAGUCUUUGUGCAUGUGUGUUACAGUGAGACCAGGCCAGUGAGUGCUUUAUUCUGUAACCUGUGUUUGUUCCUGUGUCUUCCUCCUGUUUUUGGACCUGCAUGUCAACUCUCCUGAAAAGUCGCACACACGGUUUUUGUAGUCGGUCACUGUUCAUAUGAAAAUGGCAGCAGUGACGCAACUAUGGGAAUAAAUCUCACCAGAUAAUGAA